GGGCAGUUUCAGUGUGCCCAUGGGAAGAAGUGUAUUGAUAUGGAACAGGUGUGUGAUGGAGUGGCACAGUGCCAGGACAGAUCAGAUGAAUUGGAAUGCUGGAAGCCGUCAAAGAGCUGUGUCUAUCGCUGUGACAACCAGACCCGCUGUGUCCCUGAAUCUUUCCGCUGUGAUGGGGAGAAAGACUGUCUGGAUGGUACUGAUGAGCUGGGCUGUGGUUUGAAUACACAUCCUACUUGGGUCCCUGUUCCAACCCUUGCCACUACUGAGAAGGUCCCCAGCUGUAAAAGUCCAUCUGUAUUUUGUCAAGGGACCUUACUUUGCGUGACCCCAAAUCAGCUCUGUGACGGGAACCUGGACUGUCCAGAUGGGUCGGAUGAGGAAUUCUGCCUCAAGGCUUGUAAAGACCAAGCGGACUUCCUGUGCAAGGACAGGCGGAAGUGUGUCUCCAUGGCGCUGGUGUGCGAUGGCCAUAUUCACUGUUAUGAUGGCUCUGAUGAGGUGGGAUGUCCCACGGCAGAGGUGGGUGUCCCACGAGUGACCCCGCUGAAGUGCUGGUUCGGCUCCCAGCUGUGCCAGGAUGGCAGCGCGUGUGUCCUGUACAUCCACUUGUGUGAUGGACAGCUGGACUGCAAGGAUGGGUCUGAUGAGGAUGGGUGUCCUGUACAGUGCCACACGGGGCAGUUUCAGUGUGCCCAUGGGAAGAAGUGUAUUGAUAUGGGGCAAGUGUGUGAUGGAGUGGCACAGUGCCAGGACAGAUCAGAUGAAUUGGAAUGCUGGAAGCCGUCAAAGAGCUGUGUCUAUCGCUGUGACAACCAGACCCGCUGUGUCCCUGAAUCUUUUCGCUGUGAUGGGGAGAAGGACUGUCUGGAUGGUACUGAUGAGCUGGGCUGUGAAUCUAUGGACUCUGUUACUCUUCUGGCUCAAUAUUCUGAUUCUGUCACCACGGCAGUGCCAACAAGUUGUACAAGUCCUUCCGUUUUGUGUCAGGAGACAUCCUUGUGCCUGUCCCCUAAGCAGAUAUGUGAUGGGAAAUUGGACUGUCCCGAUGGUUCAGAUGAGAAGGUUUGCAUUGAGCAGUGUCCUGACACAGAGUUCUCCUGCCAGGAUGGACAGACUUGCAUAUUAAAAACCCUAGUGUGUGAUGGACAUGCUGACUGCCCCGAUGGUUCUGAUGAAAAUCGUUGUCUUGGACGUCCUCCAUGUAUUCAGUACUGUGACAGAGGGACCCGAUGUCUGACUAGUCGGCAAUAUUGUGAUGGCGUUGCAGACUGCCAGGAUGGGUCGGACGAGAUGAACUGCUCAAUUAAAGCAGACUCUGUCCCAGAGAAAAAGACCCGGCAGUGCCGUGUGGGCUUCAGAUCGUGCCGGGAUGGCAGCGCGUGUGUCUUGAACAGCCACCUGUGUGAUGGACAGCUGGACUGUGAGGAUGGAUCAGAUGAGGAUGGGUGUCCUGUACAGUGCCGUACAGGGCAGUUUCAGUGUGCCCAUGGGAAGAAGUGUAUUGAUAUGGGCCAGGUUUGUGAUGGGGUGGCACAGUGCCAGGACCGAUCAGAUGAAUCGGACUGUUGGAAGCCAUCAAAGAGCUGUGCCCAUCGUUGUGACAACAAGACCCGCUGUGUCCCUGAAUCUUUCCGCUGUGAUGGGGAGAAGGACUGUCUGGAUGGUACUGAUGAACUGGGCUGUGGUGUGGAGGAUUGCAGCCAUAGGACAUUCCGUUGCCGCAGUGGCCAAUGUGUUUCAGAAGGCAUGCGCUGUGAUGGCUAUGCAGACUGCCGUGACCACUCUGAUGAAGAGGGGUGUCCCAAACCCCCACUCUGCUCCUCAAACCAGCGCUGUCCAAAUAGCCAUGAGUGUCUCCCGAAGGAGUGGAUCUGUGAUGGUGAUGAAGACUGUGAAGAUGGAGCAGAUGAGGCAAACUGCAAAGCUUAUCCAGUGAAAUGUGGGGCAUUCCAGUGGAUGUGUGCUUCAAAGACCCAGUGUAUUCCCAUGUCCUGGAGGUGUGAUGGGGUGAAGGACUGCAGUGAUGGUAGUGAUGAAGCUGAAUGUGGGCAGAAGUGUUACCCUUACCAGUUCGCAUGUGGGACUGGAGAGUGCCUGGAUCUGGCCCUCGUGUGCAAUGGAGUUAACAAUUGUCUGGAUGGCUCUGAUGAAGGAAAGACUUGCCUCACUGACACGUGUUCUGGCCCUUCCCGGCCCCCAUGCACAGACAUCUGUUACAGCACGCCCCAAGGCACGCGCUGUGGUUGCAAGCCAGGUUUCCAGCUUCAGUCUGAUGGUCUGUCCUGUACAGACGUCAAUGAAUGCCAGCAGAACUCUCCGAUCUGCGGUCACACCUGUCUUAACACGCGGGGCUCCUACCUGUGUCUCUGCUACCCAGGAUACUCCCUGGAGCCUGAUCGCCACCGUUGCAAGGCCAAAGAUGAGCCAGUCUUGUUGGUGUCAUGCCGAUCUGAACUCCUUCUCAUUGGACUCCGGAGUGGUAACGUAGAAGUCCUCCUGUCUUCCAAGACCCCAAUUUUCUCAGUGGAUUAUGACUGGAAGGAAGACAAGGUAUUCUGGGUCGGCCUCGAGGAGGAGAGCAUCAGGUGGAUGUCUCUGGAUCAACAGAUUAAGGGCUUCUUUAUCAAAGGGGUCAAGCCAGAAUGUAUUGCUGUUGACUGGAUAGGGAGGAACCUUUACUGGAUUGAUGGAGUAGCAAGUCAGAUCUUGGCAGUUCAGCUUGAUGGAAAUGCCAAGAAACGUCAAGACUGUGCUGUGGUGCUAGAUGAGGAUUUACAGCAGCCUCAGUCACUGGCACUGCAUCCAACAAUGGGUUUGAUGUUUUGGUCAGAGUUUGGUGCUGCACCACAGAUAGAACGUUCUGGAAUGGAUGGAUCUGAGAGGAAGGUUGUGGUCAGUAGUGGUGUUAGUUGGCCUGGCAGCUUGGCUGUGGACAUGCUUGAGAAACGGAUCUACUGGACCGAUGAGAAGCUGAAGUGCAUUGGGUCUGCUACAUUGGAUGGUGAGAAUAUCAAGAUCUUGCAGCUGACUGAGACUCCCAGCCCACUCUCAGUGGGAGUCUUUAAUGAGUUGAUGAUCUGGUCAGAUGCUAAAAGACAGACUGUCCAAAUGGCCCACAAGCUCACAGGAAAGAACCGCAAGGUUGUGUUGAAGCAAUCCCACCAGCCCUUUGAACUCAAGGUGAUGCAUGCCUUGCAGCAGGUGAGUGUGCCCACUCCCUGUUCCAAGCUGCACUGCUCCCACCUCUGCCUGCUGGGCUCGGGGCCUAAGGGUGUGUGUCGCUGUCCUGUGGGACUCCUGCUGGCUGCAGAUGGUGCUACAUGCACAGCACCUGAGGACUCUGCCUUCCUCAUGCUGUUGUCUCCCAAAACAGUCACCCAGAUCCCACUGCAAGGCAUGCAGAGGCCUCCGGGGCGAAUGGCGUGGCCAGAGCACACUGCACUGUCACUGCCAGAUGCCAGUGAUGCAGCGCUGCUGGACCUGGUGCUCGCGGACCGGACCCUUUAUUUGGCAGAUGCAGGUCAUGCAACAGUUGACGUAUUCAAAAUGGAUAAGGAGAGGCUCCUGCCACGGAGCCCCGCAGUCCGUCUGCCAGCAGGGGACAGUGUGACCUCACUGGCAGUGGACUGGAUCACCCUCAGCCUGUAUUGGAGCAGCAGCCAGCAGCCUCGUAUUCAUGUGACCUCUGCCCAAAACCGCCACACCAUCACACUGCUUGCUGACAACCUGGAAGCACCCAGUGCCAUCACACUGCACCCCCCAGCUGGCUGGCUCUGUUUCGCCGACCUGGGCCUACCUGGAAGCAGGAGGCAACCCCAAAUAGAAUGUGCCUUUAUGGAUGGCCGGAACAGGACCCUCACCUGGGGCAAAGCAGUGACGCCAACCUCCCUUACAUUCUCCCCCCAGGGCUCCGAGCUCUACUGGGCUGAUGUUGGCUUGGGAGUUAUCAGCUCCAUUCAGAUAAAUGGCACAAGAUACAAGGAACACAAAACUGGUGGUGGCCUCAUCAUGUCCUUUGCUUGCAGUGACAACAUGCUCUUCUGGGUCACCGUCAAUGACACGGCGGAAGUUUGGUACAGCGAUGGUAUCCAGCCGAAACUGUUAUGGUUUGAAGUGGAGACUGACGUCAUUGCACUGAAAGUCUACAGCAGGUCUAGCCAGAAAGGAAACAACUACUGCACCUUUGGGAAUGGGGGCUGCCGGCAGCUGUGUCUGCCCUUCCCUAGGGGGCGCACUUGCCGGUGCACCCAGGACCAUGCUGUGGACUGUGAGCCCGGCCCACGCUGCCCACCUGGAACUCAGCCCUGCAGGGAUGGUUACAAGUGCCUUCCUAGAGUCAAGUUUUGUGAUGGGAUUCUGGAUUGCAUGGACCAUUCUGAUGAGGAGAGCUGUUCCAGGGACGAUGCCUCCAGUUCAUUUAAACGCCUAGACACCGAGUCCUGGGUUACAGAGCAUCCCCCAGGCCUCUUCACAAGCCCUGCUCAACCCACACGAGAGAAUGAUGCUCUCCGAGAGCUGGACUCGCAGUCGUGCGAUGCAGAGCUGUGCCACGGUCACGGCCACUGCGUCUAUCUCACUGGGGAGACCAGGUGCUACUGCAUCUCUGGUUAUGGUGGUCCAUUCUGCGAGAACAAGCUUGGUGGAUCCGCUGCGGUCCUGGUCACCCUGGGUGUUGUCGCCGUCUUAGUCGGCGUUUUCGGAGUCGCAUUAUUCAUCUACAAGAAAAGGUCAGCUUGGUUUAUAAGGAUCCUAAGAGUGGGCAAAUCCAGUGAGAAGGAGAACCUCAUGUCAAGCAUAGAGGCACGUUUGGCCUACUCUCAGUGCUUCUCCAAUGAUCUGUAUGAUCCAGACGAGGAUUUGGCCAUUUCAGACUAAAGGACUGUCACCUGGUUUGCUCACAUGAUUUGGGAAAUAAAGCCUGUUGUCACUAA